CAGGAUGAUGGAGGAUGUAGACCCCUCCCCUCCAGUCUUGCACAGGUGUACCGGCUCCUCCCCUUCAGUCUUGCACAGGUGUAGCAGCUCCUCCCCUCCAGUCUUGCACAGGUGUACCGGCUCCUCCCCUUCAGUCUGGCACAGGUGUACCGGCUCCUCCCCUCCAGUCUUGCACAGGUGUAGCGGCUCCUCCCCUUCAGUCUUGCACAGGUGUACCGGCUCCUCCCCUUCAGUCUCGCACAGGUGUACCGGCUCCUCCCCUUCAGUCUCGCACAGGUGUACCGGCUCCUCCCCUUCAGUCUUGCACAGGUGUACCGGCUCCUCCCCUUUAGUCUUGCACAGGUGUACCGGCUCCUCCCCCAUUCAGUCUUGCACAGGUGUACUGGCUCAUCCCCUUCAGUCUUGCACAGGUGUACUGGCUCCUCCCCUUCAGUCUUGCACAGGUGUACCGGCUCCUCCCCUUCAGUCUUGCACAGGUGUAGCAGCUCCUCCCCUCCAUUCUUGCACAGGUGUUGGGCUCCUCCCCUUCAGUCUUGCACAGGUGUAUUGGCUCCUCCCCUUCAGUCUUGCACAGAUGUUGGCUCCUCCCCUUCAGUCUUGCACAGGUGUAUUGGCUCCUCCCCUCCAGUCU